AACAGAUUUGGAAAGAAAUUGGUGUGGAAUCCGAACGUGCUGUCUAUGAGGUAUCUGGAGAGGAGUUACGCCCAUCGUCAAGUAGAUACGCAAGCGUGUUCCAAAACAUAAGCCAGCUCCACACUUCGUCGAGAUGCAUGACGCUCGUACUAGCGGCUGAAAGGAAGGACUUCUUGAGAGACGCCCUGGAAGGACUAGUCAAGCACAACGUCGUGACCUGGCCUACGAGGCUCCUCGUCGUCACUCGUCUGUCACAAGGACAACUUCGUCAGAGCAAGAAAUUGCUCUCUCGCUUGAACGCGAUGGUUGUCGUUUACGAAGAUCACCCAGAGGGCAAAAGGUUUGGAGUUUACGCAUACAUGCCGUACAGUUACCGGAUGACUUUGAUAGCUUCCUGGACUGCAAAAUCAAGACUGAAAUACGUUGGAGACCAGCCGCUGUUCCCCGACAAAUUUCUAAGAUUUCCCGAUGGAGCAAAGCUGAUAGCGGCAGCCAUAAGGUAUCCACCUCACGUGUACUUUGAUGAGGAGAUAGACGACGGAUCUCCGUUGAAAAAAUAUCGCAUCUCCGGUACCAUGAAGUUUCUGGUUGACAUGGUGGCCAAGAAGGCUAAUUUCACGUAUGACGUAAUCACUCCACCUAUAGGUAGCUGGGGCUACGGUUAUCCCAACGGGAGCUGGGACGGCUUGGUGGGGACUGCGCUGAGAGAGGAAGCUGACUUCGCUAUAGGCCCGGCCGUGGUACUCUACAACCGAGCGUUAGUCAUAGACUAUGCGGACACCUUGAUGGUAUUUUACAUUCGAAUUCUGGGAAGAAGAGGAAGCACCGAAGCCAACCCGUGGAGCUACGUCAUGCCUCUGGCGCCCUCUGUGUGGGCGGCGACGGUCGCAGCUUUACUCACGAUCUUUGCCAUCUUGGCUGUUCUCUCUAAGAUUAGUUGGGUAAAUGUGCCUCUGUCGCCUCAGAUGACCCCAAGCAUGUAUAUCAGGGCGAUGCUACAGCAAGGCAGCCGAGUCAGGCAUAUUCAAGGAAGUGUACGAAGCCGGUCGGAGGGGGCGCAUUACUUACAUAACUCCUCAGGAGUACGUCGAAACCGCCAACAGAUUGGUGUCGAGGGGCGACCAUGUCCUUCUUCACCCAGAUCUCGCGAUGAAACUGUUCCUGACGGAGGAUUUCAUGGACAAAGGAAGCUGCAAAUUCUACUUUUCCAAAGAGAUGCUGAUCCCAAUGGCUUUCAGCAUGAUGCUGCCGAAGUACAGCCCUCUCAGAGAACCCAUCAAUGAAGGGAUAAGAGCCGCCGUGGAAGGCGGACUGUACGGCCACUGGCUGGAGAGCACCAUGACGAACCCCAAGUCCUGCAAGAACCCUCCGACGAAGAUCUACGUGAAUUCGGCCCUGUCUCUGAUGAAUACCUGGGUAGGUGAGCUCGAAGUCGCAGGGGGAACACCGAAGCACUAUUUGACAAAAGUCGUAGGGUGCUUUUUCGUUCGAAUCCUCCACUGCACUGUCGAUCCUAACUUGAUCCCAGGGGCGUUCUUCUACUGAAGGGUUUCUCAACGCUGCGAUCCCCCACCCCCAAUCAAACCGACCACAGCAAAAUAAAUAAAUAAAAUAUUAAAUUUUUAUAUAUACCAAGCAUGUAAUUUCCCCCGGGAGUACUACUGAAGAUGAAUCUCCACAAAGAAAAAGUUUGUCCUAAUUGUUGAGAAUAAGACUGAGGAGAAGUCAUCAUCAUUAGAGAGAGAGAGAGAGAGAGAGAGAGAGAGAAUAAAUAUAGGUCUAGGGAAGGCUUUCCGCUACUUACUUUUUACACGAAUCCAUCAUGGCCCAUUUUACCUCAGAAAUUUACCAAAAUCAUAUCGGAUUUGUUCGAUGAGAGUCUGAUAUUUCUGUAGAAUUCUAUAGUUCAUUAUACCAACUCCGCAGACAAUGGACUGCUCUUGAAAACUAAGUCGAGCGGAUUGUGUGCUAACACAAUUACCCUUACAAAUCCAGAGACGAUUAUAUGUACCCUUCGUUUGUACAUAAAGUGGGUGAUAUCAACUUCACUAGCCUCUUUUAAUUCUUCCUU